AUGGACGAUGACAAUACCGGCCGCCGUAUUGCAGACUUUCGCCGCAGUCUUCUGAAUUACGAAGAGAUGGCCGCUCAAAACAGGACUUCUGAGAACAGAUCGUCAGACCCAGACUCUGGUUACCGUUCCUCGACCCCUGAGCCCAGCGCCUUCAUCGCAGACCCAAACUCUCCACACCUACCUCAUAGCCCGGCGCUUCAUCCAAACAUCACGACACGCGCUCGCAACCGUACCCACCGCCGCUUCUCCGAUCUGUUCUCGCUUCGUGGCCGCACUCCUACCUUCGAUGAAAGACCCAAGAUCUCGAGACCUAUCGUUAACCAAGGAGACAUUGAUGUCCCCCACAAUGGUCCUUACAUCUACAACCAUCCCAGUCGCCCGCGCCUUGAUGUCGAGAUCCCAAGAAGCAGUUUUAGCGAUCUGUGGGGCCAGAGAUACGGUCCUGUUGGAGACGACGGCUACAACAUUGAUGCUCGACCAAGCCCAAGAGUUACUCGCAGCAUGGACUUUGAUCUUCUUGUUGAACCUAGAGAAACCCAAAGCGCCAUGGCCAGGGGAUCGGACAACCUGGCUCUUGGAAGAAUUCGUGAUUGGUAUGCUGCUGGUAUGCCCGACUUCGUUGCACCUGCCGACGCCGACGAGUCGCCCGCCGAUUCUGAUGUUGACAACGACGAACACGAUGAUGGAGUUGAAGCUGAGGGAGAAGAUGAAAUGUCGUACCUCAUGCCUCUCGUCUCUCCUUCACCCGAGUCGUCUGCUUCUUCCACCACAACAUCGGCUUCUUUGCCGUCCAUCUCCGAUUUGCUUGCCAGACCUCGUUCUGAUUUCAUCCGCCGUGACCAAGAAAGCCGCCCUUUCCUGCGGCCUUCUGUUCUGGUUCCCGAGGAGGAAGAUUUUGAAGACUCCGCACCUCUCGUCUCAGAGCUGAGUGAACGCUGGAUUCGUCACCCGCUCCGCCAGAACCCACCGAAUGCUCCUUCGCCCGUCCCACCCGUCCCAUCAGCUCCACCUCCCUCCCCAGUCACUCCAUCUCAACCUCCCACGCCUGUAGACACAUGGUCUCACCUCCACGGCUUCCAACCCCAUUGUGGCGUCACAAUCACAAGUGUCGGUGAUGACGAAGGCGCUGUGGUCGAAAACUUCACCCUCGAGAGCUACCCUGCUGAUCUUCGUGCUGGAAGAGCCGUUGGAGUCAAUGCUGGAGUGAGAGACAGACAGCCCGUCUCUAGUGUCGAGGCUGUGGACGCAGAGGACCUCAUUGUUACUUCUCCUUCCGCUCGUGCUCGUUCCCGUGCUCAAAGCACACCCCCAGCUCGUCCCCAAAGCACAACUCCAUCUCGUCAGCGCAGACAGAGCGGAGCAGCAGGCAUCACACCCGUAGCAGGACCCGCCUUUCCAGCCAGAAGACCAGUACCCACCACCCCAAUCACAGCACCCACCUCCACCAUCAAAUCCUUCUGCUGCGGUCUCUUCGGCAACAACAAGAAGAAACAAAUGCCCUCUCGUCCCAACGUCUCCACUCCCACGCCUAUCAUCCCACCUCCUCUAGUCACACCCAUUCCCGCAGCCCAUACCACCAUUUUCGAAGAAGAUGAAGAUCAAGACGAUCUGGAGAUCGAACCCGCAACUCAAUAUCCUCCUAGAAUUGUUGUGGAGCAAGAGCAAGAGGUGGAGGAUAACCACGUCGGAAGCGGUAUCAUGGACGAAGGAGUCAGACGCAGACAAUCUGUUCGUCACAGUUGGGUCACCGUGUCCAGAUGGUUGGAGUAA